AAGAGACAGCGGUGGCUCUUUUUCUCGAGCUAAUUCUCUGAUAUUCGCGAGCUGAUUGCAAUUCGCGUCGAGUCCCCGUUGCACAAAUCGGGACGAUUAAUUUAGCCGUCCAUUUUCCUAACCUCCAAAUCACCCGCGGAUUCUCGACAUAGAUAUUUUCUCUUUGAGAAUCGUCUCGAGUCUCUCUCUCUCUCUCUCUCUCUCAAUUUCGCUCCCUCUUCCUCUCUCUCAUUCCAUUUAUCUGUCUUCUCUAUUCUGUGUGCUUCGUUCUCUCCAUUUUCAUUCCCUAUGUUUUUCCAUUACCUUUAAACUCUGCCUGUCUCUCUCUUCUCCGCUUCUUUCCUCUCUCUCUCCCCCCCCCCUCCGCGCGCCGUGUCUCUGACGUAUCGAAAAGUAUCCCUUGUCUGCUGUGUGAAGAACCUGAUCGUCGUCAACACUGGUCAACACGCGACGUUUAAAGAACACGGUGGACGUUUCGUGCCGCGGAAGUCCAAGUUGUGGUGCCGAGCGGCGGAGACCCCGGCGUGUCGCGUAAACGGCGAUAAUUACUGCGCGACGAUCGGAUUGCAGUACGGCGACGAGUUCGCGGUGACCACGACUCAACUUCCUAUCGCCGAGCAAAACAGGCAAAAUUCCGACGAUUUACGGUCUAUGAGCGCCAAGAGUCAGGGGGACCCUGGAGAAGAUCACAUUUCCAGGGUAGGAGCUGAGAGCCCUUGCAGCGACAUGAAGCGCGCAGCUGCAAAGAAGCUCAUUGAACGUUACUUUUACCAACUUACGGAUGGAUGUGGAAAUCCUCAUUGUGACAAUCAGCAUUGUGCCUCCAGUGGCAAAGUAACUAAUCUUACUCCAAAUCAAGCAGCCGCACAAGCGAUACAAUUAUUCUCACAAGAAGCAAGACUAUGCGAUGGUACACAACCCAGUAAAGUCGCUCGAACUACUAUAGAACCUGGACAAACGUCAUUAGCUAAGAGUCUACCUGUAAAAAGUGUUAAUUCUACAAGCUCUGAUGAAGGAAAACAAGAGUCAUAUCUUACAGAAGCUAAGCUUCUGGAUAUUAUAGAAAAAUGUAAAGCGGAAGGUUCUUAUUCUUUAUUAAUUCGUACUUUGGGAGAAGUGUUUUCUUCUGGAAAAGCGUUAAGUCUCAGUUUUCAAAAGACUGAGAAAAGUAACUCUCCUUUAACGGCACUUCUUGAACGAGCACCAGACAGUCUGUUAAGGCCACCUGCAGAUUUAAAUAAAGAAGCGGUACGAUCUUUACAGGGAGAAGAUAAAGAAGAAGAUAGCAGCGAUCCAUCACCUACAGUUCCUAAUAAUGACGAUACUAGUGUUGAUUUACCGUCGGUCCGUAGAGCUUUUGAAGCGCUUUGGUCUUUGCCAGGUGAGGCAUUCGAAUCAGCUCUGGUCAAUGCGCUAGUCACUUUGGCGGAUGAUAUAGAAUUAGACUUGAGAGUUUUACGUAUGGUGCGAUGGGACAGCAUGGAUAGUUUGUUAAAUGUAUUUCUCAUUGUUUUUGAAAUUCCGAUGCUCGGAAAUAGCGAAUACUUGGAAUUGGCUCUCCACAUGUUGUGUAAAGCGUUGAGCUGUGUACCGGUAUUGGCUCAAGCCAAGCUAGCACGUGUAUGGGCUAAGCAUUGUAAAUCGCGACUUCCAAGCCUUCUGCAAGCACUUCAAGAACUCAUAACUGUCAAGGUAAUUGGAGGAUCCUUCACACGUGAUUAUUGCGUCCAAGAUGCGGAUACUAUUACCGCGCCUACAAAAGUUAUGAAAAUUCUAUAUUAUGCGAGUAUGUUGGCUGGUGAAUUAGAUCCUCCUGAGCUAAUUUUGAAUGACGAAGGUGAAUCAGCUAGUAGCGAUAAAAGUACUUCACGAUCAGCAAUAUCAGGACAGAUCCCUCAGGAUCCAUUAGCGACGGAAUUAGGAAUUACCGCAUUGGAUGCACGUAAACCUUUCAUACCAUUUACUGAUUUUUACAAUGAGCCACUUAGCGAUGCCAUAGAGAUGGACAAAGAUUUCGCUUAUUACAAGAGCGAAGAGCCACAAAAAUUUAGCUUCAUGAAUUACGCUUUUAUUCUUACCCCGGCUACUAAAACUUUGGGCUUGUAUUAUGAUAACCGUAUCAGAAUGUAUAGCGAACGACGUAUGAGCUUUUUGCAAACCGUUGUCGGGCAGCCAACUAAUCCAUAUCUCAGAUUAAAGGUACGAAGAGAUCAUUUAAUAGAUGACGCAUUGGUAGAAUUAGAAAUGGUGGCCAUGGAGAAUCCAUCUGAUUUAAAAAAACAAUUAGUUGUUGAAUUUGAAGGAGAACAAGGUGUUGACGAAGGCGGUGUAUCUAAAGAAUUCUUUCAAUUAGUUGUUGAAGAGAUAUUUAAUCCUGAUUUUGGCAUGUUUACUACUCAGGAAGACACGCAAAUGACAUGGUUUAAUCCAACAUCAUUUGAAAGCGACGCACAGUUCACAUUAAUAGGCAUUGUUAUUGGUUUAGCAAUUUAUAACAAUGUAAUUCUGGAUGUACGUUUUCCAAUGGUAGUCUAUAGAAAAUUAUUAGGCAGGAAAGGCGGUUUUCCUGAUUUAGAAGAUUGGAGUCCAACAUUGUAUCGAACAAUGAAAGAAUUAAUUGAGUAUACAGGAGAUGACAUGCCAGAGACAUUUAUGCAAACUUUCCGAGUGAGUUACAGAGAUGUGUUCGGAUCCUUAUCGUUCCAUGAGCUCAAAGAAAACGGUGAUGAGCUGUAUGUCACGCAGGAAAACAAAAAGGAAUUUGCUGAUCUCUAUGCGGAUUUCUUACUUAACAAAUCUGUGGAAAGACAAUUCAACGCUUUCAGACGUGGCUUCCAAAUGGUUACAGAUGAGAGUCCGCUCGCAUUACUUUUCAGACCUGAAGAGAUUGAGCAGCUUGUUUGUGGAAGCAAAAUAUUUGAUUUUGCUGAGCUAGAAGCAGCAACUGAGUACGAAGGUGGCUAUACUGUGGAUAGCGAAGCAGUACGUAACUUUUGGCGCGUAGCGCAUUCCUUACCACCAGAAAGUCAACGAAGACUUCUUCAAUUCACUACGGGUAGUGAUCGAGUACCUGUCGGCGGUCUUUCGAGACUGAAGAUGGUUAUCGCCAGACAUGGUCCUGAUUCUGACAGAUUACCAAUAGCACACACAUGCUUCAAUGUGUUACUGUUACCGGAUUACAGUACAAUAGAGAAAUUGCAAGAUCGCUUAUUGAAAGCAAUUAAUUAUUCGAAAGGUUUCGGCAUGUUAUGAACAUGCUUCAUCACUUGUCUUUCUUCCACUGUCUUUCGAAUGAGAUAUUCGAAGUACACAAUAAGACUCAAUUACUUUCGUCAUUUUAUUCUUAGCUAUUUUAUUCGGAAAUAUUUCUCAUAAUAAUCUAAAACCGUGCCAGUGCGCUUAAUUAUGAAAACAUUGCUAUGUGCAAUAUGAAUUAUCAAAAGGCUCCUAACGUUCUAAAAAUUCCAACGAAUGAUAUAUCGAAUCCUUUGUACAAAAUAUAUGUUCUUGAAAAAAUGCUUUGAAACUUGCACCAUUGCAAGAAUCGCUUGUACCAUACUGUGUACUUUUUCUACUGAAAUAUAGAUAA